AUGUAUAACACUCAUUCAGAUAUUUGGAUUGCUGGCGCAUUUGCUGCAGUUGUCGUCGACUUCAUCGUCUAUCCAGUCGACACGCUCAAGACUCGCAUCCAAUCUCCAGACUACGAGAAAGUCUUCAAAGAUGCCCGCACAGGCGCACAGGAGCAUUCUUUACUACAUACGAAGCUAUAA